CCUAAAUACCAAGAAUGUUGAUUAUGAGAACAUGGUGUUCGGGGUAUGACUGUGGUUUUUGGAGGUGAUUUUCGCCAAACGCUGCCAAUCAUUGCCAAAGGUACGAGAACUGAUAUUGUAAAUUCGUCUAUUAAAUGGUCAUAUUUGUGGCGGUCAAUGAUUGUUUUCAAGUUAACCCAGAAUAUGUGUUUAGCCCAAGGUAAUGAUAUGUUUGGUUCAAAUCUUGAGAUUGAGUCAUCUAGAAAUUGGCUUUUGGAGAUUGGUGAAGGAAGACAUAGUAAUAUUUUUGGUGAAUCAAUUAUCUAUAUUCCAGCUGAAAUAUGUGCAGAACGAAAGUCAGAUCCUAUUUAUGAUAUUUGUGGUUGUAGUCUAUCUUGAUUUAGUGACAAGACACAAUGAUGACAGUUAUUUGGUUGAGCAUGCUAUCUUAGCACCACACCAUGACAAUGUUUCAAUGGUUAACAAUUACGUGUUAGGUCUGUUUCAUGGAGAGGAGGUUACCUAUUUUAGCUCCGAUUCAAUUGAGAUUGAUGCUAAGGAUACACAUGUCGUUGAUGGUGACUAUUCAAUUGAAUUUUUGAAUUCUCUUAGAAUUGGCAAUUUUGCUGAAUAUGAGUUAAAAUUGAAGGUUGGCUGCCCCGUUAUUCUCCUUCGAUUGAUCAAAGAACAGGUCUCUGCAAUGGAACUAGAAUGGUUGUAAAGCGAUUGAGCAAAUGGUUUAUUAAGGUAAAUUUUUUAAAUGCCACACAUAUUGGGGAUAUAGCUUUCUUGUCGCGCCUAUCUCUCUCUACUCAUUACAAGAGCUUGAACUUUACACUGGUACGAAGACAGUUUCCAAUUGCAUUAUUAUUUGCAAUGACUAUUAAUAAGAGCUCAAGGCAGAAAUUGAAUCAUGUAGGACUCUGCUUGCAAAAGCAGGUGUUUUCUCACAGUCAGCUUUAUGUUGCGAUGUCCUGUGUUACAUCAAAAGUGGUCUUAAGAUUUUGAGUUCUGAUUAAGAGGGUCACCAAUUGAAAACGAUGCAAAAUAUAGUCUUCACAGAGAUCUUUGACUGAAGCUUUGUACUGCAAUGUGCUAGAUAAGUCACAUUAUUUACAAACCAAAACUAUUAUUGUUAUUUCACAAAGUUCAUAUUUAUUUUGUAGCAUUUUAAAAAUUAAUAGAUUUCUUACCAACCUUAAGAUUUUUUCAAAUCGUUUCGUGCAAGCAGGACUUUUCCAUGACAAUAUCUUUUAUCAAUGAUGGAGAUGCAUUACAAAACAUGAAAGCAAAAGGAUCUGCCUUCAAUUGUUAGAGUAUGUUUUCUUUUGGAUCAACAAUAUUGUGCAUCUUGGCCAGUUCACACUAAUUCUCACUUUCAAUUAACAACUAGGGGUUGUGUUGUCAUUGUCUUCUUUUGGGGUAACAUGAUCAAUGAAUUUGAGAACUUGUUUCCUGCCGCUGGUGUGUUUGGGCAAGUUUUGUCACUCACCUCACUCUUUAUCCAACAUAACGAAGGUAAAAUUAUUGAAUUCAUAAUUAAAACUAUUUGUACAAAAAUUUUUGCCCAAUAUUAUUUUUUUAUGCCCAACUUGAAUCAAUUUCUGGUAUGGAAAUUUAAAAAACUUCAUUUCCCCCAAAAUGCUAUGACCCAUUUAUUAUUUUAUAAAUGCUAAAUGUCGAUUCCUUUUCCCUUUCCAUGCUUCGAUAUCAUAAUUUCCUACAUUGUUUUAAUAAGUUUAUUAUUUCAAUUUUGUUAUGCAAUUUUGAACAUUUGUUACAUUAUUUGAUAGGUGAGUAUGUGUUUACUGCGUCCCCCGCUACAAAGAUAUAUGUUGACCUUCAUUGUCCUCAGAUUCAACGCCUCUUAAACCGGUAAGUUCUAUUAAAUACUAAUUUAACCAUUUCAACAUUGCAAUUGUCCUUUCUUACACAUUAACUUUCUAUGCUUUCUUUCAUUCGACAACCAUGUUAACAAGAAUUAUUUCAUCACCCAUCGCACAUAUCCCCAAGCCCGAGAAUUUAGUUACAGCUGUUAUGCGAUAGACCUUCUUGAACUUCAACAACAUGGUAAUAAACUCUUAUAACACUAACCAUACUUUUAAUACCUAUGUAUUCUAUCAAUUUCAUACUUUACUUACGUUUUCCACUUACAAUAUUCUACAUUAACCCACCUUAGGAACAAGUCUAUCUUUGUGUUGGAGAUGUGAUCGAGAUGGUGACUUCAUGGUGUCCUGUUACACAAUCAACUGUCAUUCAUCUAACAAUUGUAGAUGUCAGUGGUGAUGUCGCUGUCAUAUUUACCUCACGACACCUUAGACGAAUUGCUUCAGCUGUCCUCUCAUCCGAUGAUGUGUUGCAUGCGGAUUUCAACACCAUUCUCCACUCUCUAGAUGGUCAGCUUUAUGAAUUGCUGGACAAAGUUGGACAUGGAACCUUGUUAUGCAGUAUUGUGAUAUAGUGUUGCUUAAAUUAUUCCCAGCAUUUAAUCAGUAGCAGUUCACUAUCGUGCUUUUCAUUCCUUCUUUAUCUUUUGGACUUUUUGUUAAUAUAGUGUUCCGUAAACCAGUACUAUGCCUCCACUUUUUUAAUUUAGAGUUUUUCUAUUACUUCGAGUUUUUUAUUUCUCAUUUCCUGGAUUUAUCCAAUUUAGUUUUGGAGGCGCAAAAUUAAAUUACCCAUAAAAGAAACGUUGCAAUUAGUUUCUUGCAGCCACACCCACUUCUAACUAUGGUGUGUGGAGCUGGGAAUUUCGAACAGAAUCAUAUUAUUUCAUCAGUUCCAUUUGUUUUGGAUCGGGGCAGUGUAACACCCCAACUUUUUUGUUUAGGUUUGACCAUAGCAAAUGAACGGUUGAGUGGACGGUUACGUAUGAAAAACUCCAAAUCAAAUCAAAUCGGGUUAAACUAAGGCCUAAUUAAUUAUUUAGGCCCAAAUUAUGUUUUUAUUACUUGGUAGAUUUAUAGAGUGGCCCACGUUGUGGAAUAAAGGAAAAGAAUAUGUCUUACCCAUUGAAUUAAAGAAUGAUUCGUAUUUCUUCCUCCUUUCGUGGAUGAUGACUGGAUUUUGAAGAGGGUAGUUAAUAAACAACGGACCAAGGAGUUAAGUGGAGUUAACUCAGUGUAAUUAGGUGGGUAAUUAUGAGAUGGGGAAAACGUAUUUGCCUUUACGUUAGGGUUUAAGGAGGAACUCGGUUCAUCCUCCUCCUCAUAAGAAUAACACCGGGGUAAGACACGAAAAUCAAGCAGCCAUUUGAUCCUUUUCCAUGCGCAAUCACCGCGCCACCAUAACAAACAGACACAACCAAUGAAAGAAAUCACUCGGAGCAUUUGGCCAACGAUGAUACCUAGCUCUUUCCCCUCCCUACCCGACAACCACCAGAGAUUGUUCUCCUUCUCACCAUAUACUCCGCCCCAAACACAAGAAAAACUAGUGGGUCGAUAACGGUGAACAAGCUGGGAGCUACAGCAGCGUUGUGACGGUGGCUACUAGAGAAUAAAAAUGGUAGCGCCUUGUGAUGGCGGCAAUGGUUCCAAGAACGAGAUUCAUUUCUCAAAACCAACCGGUGUAAAGGUACUCUUGGCUUCACUCUCAGAUUUAAUGACGAUUCCAAUGUUAUGGUGCCCAGAGAAUUAGAAGUCAUUAGUGGAUUCUAGGAGUUUCGUAUGGGUUAGUUGGAUACGUAACGUGAUGAGAUGAGUUGUGACGCAUGGUAUAUAUACGUAUGGAUUAUGGUUGGGCAUUUUGGAGUUGAGUUGCAUACACAUAUAUACGUGAUGUGACUAUGUGAGUCCAUUUUGGGGAGUUAAGUUGAUUAUCUUGGAUAGUUGAGGGAGCAUGCACUCACGUAAACAAAAGUGCAAGGGAUUAAAAAGUAUGCCCGAUUUGUGUUUCUUGCCAAGACUAAAGUUAGACAAGGUUAAAUGAACGAAAGAGGGCUUUCAACAUUUAUAUAUCCAUACGGGUAUAUAUGUAUGAGAAUGAGAUAUUACGUAGAGGAGAGUUCGAUGGAAGGGAGGGCAUCAGAGGUCGGGCUAAUAGUGGGUAAUAAGCAGACCUAUAUGUAUAUACAUGUGUAAUGUAAAAGACUUUUGAUUAUUGGUACUCGACACAUCUAUCAUGGAUGGCUACAUGACAAUAUGGGAAGUUAUUGCGCUUCAGAGACACGGACCAAGGAAAAUAUUAUUGGAGCGAGUUAUGGAACUUAUUGAGCGGAAUUGGGGUCAGUUUCAACAGAAAUAAGGUGAGUGUAAAGGGGGUAAAUUCUACGCCUUACGUAUUUUUCAAGUAUUUGCCUUACGUGUUUAAGAAGUUGUUUUAUGUGAAAUUGUGUGCUUGCUUAUGUUUAUGGGUGAUGAUGUGUGUUCUUUUGAUUCAUAGUUUGAAGGAUAUGUUUAUGAGAUUUGAGUAUUUAAUUGAAGCUUUUACAUUUCUUUUGACGAUUAAGUUAAAGCAAUAAGAGCAAGAGAAAGUCAUAAGCAAGAAUAAGUUAACCUCGCUUAGCUAGCCACUAUCUAGAUGGAUUCCGACCGGGCGGUGAUAAGUUCCGCGGUAGUUGAUCACUACCGGAUGGUGAUACGUUCCGUGGUAGUUGGUCAGGCGUGGAGCCGGACGGUGAUGAGUUCUGCGGUCUCCAUUGCCUAGGUUUAGGUGUGCUACCAGAUGGUGAUACGUUCCGCGGUAGUCACGCCGUAGUUUGACACCGGAUGGUGAUUCGUUCCACGGUGGUCAAACCCAUUUGAGGGGCACCCCAUUGUGAGGGUAGUCAUGUUUAAGAAGUAAGAAAGUAAGUAAGGCUAGUAGUGGAGCCUCCAACAAUAAGAUAAAGGAAGAACUAAUACGUUUUCAAGAGUUAAAGUUUAGAAGGCGGAAGUACAAACAACUUCAAUAAGUUUAAGUAAGUGUUUCAAGCAAGGUGGUCAAGUAUUAAAAGUAAUAAACGUAAGGGUGUAGACUGACCCCAUCUCACUCACCAGUUUGAAGAGGACUAAGAGGAGUUAGAGAGCAGCGAGUUCGAGAGGAGCAGUUUGAGGGCAGCUAGCUAUAGGAGGGAAGUACAAGCGCCACUGAGGAUGACUGGUCAAGGCUUUCAGGAAGCAGUUGCAUUAGAGACUUUUUAGUUGUUUCAGUUUAUGAUUAUGAGUAUAGGCUGGAGAUCAUUUUGAGAUUUUAAGGUUUGCGUUUCCCCAAGUGUCAAGCUUUGUGUUUAAGCAAUGAUAGUUGUUUUCGGUAUUUAUUAAAGUUAUUCAUGAAAAUUUUCCGCUAUUUUUCUAAGUAUUUUCAGUUCUUAUUUUAUUUCACGGUUUAUUAAGGGUAUUUUGGUAAAAUUAGUACCCGACCGGGUUAGGGUGUUACAGGCAGAGCGGCCAUGAAUACUCUCAUCAACCCAACAUAAAAAAUAAGUUAAAUACAUUUUAUAAAAAAAUAAUUAAUUUCUUUAGCCUAUAAUAUAAAAUGAAAUUCUCUAUUCAUA